AUGUCUGCAGAGAAUGGCGCGCCGGACCAGUCGUCCAUUGGCGCCUUAGUCGCGGAGUCGAAGCUGCAGCAUUCAGAAUUCGGCCACUGCAGUAAUCCGGUCUACCGCUGGCGCUCGAGCUACGAUGAAGACAAACCGUUUACGAACGAAAACGACAGCCCGAGCUACACGACCGUGCUUUCCACCUACAUUUGCUACAUUGCACUGAUCAUUAUGGGUCACAUUGCCGACUAUUUUGGCAAGCGGUUCUACAAAAAAGAUUUUAUCAAUUUGCGCGAACGGGACGGGUAUGCGGCGCUCAACUCCGACUUUGACAGCUUCUUUACCCGGCGUCUCAAAGUGCGUCUUGACUACUGCUUUGAUCGCCCUGUGACCGGUGUGUGUGGCCGCACGGUGAUUACGUUGGACCGCGGAACGAAGGACUUUGGCCACUCGUACCAGCUUACCGGCGGAAAAACGCGUGCACUCAACGUCAGUGCAUACAACUACCUUGGCUUUGCCCAGUCCCAUGGCGAGUGUGCAGACGCCGUAGACAAAGGCCUAAAUCUCUAUGGGAUCUCUAGCGGUGGAACACGCCUUGGUGGUGGCUACCUGGACCUGCAAAAACAGGCGGAACAACUGGUCGCACGUUUCCUCCGCGUCGACGAUGCCAUGCUCGUCAGCAUGGGCUACGCGACAAACUCGACUACAAUUCCCGCUGUUGCGGGCCCCGGCACAUUGAUCAUCUCUGACGAGCUGAACCACACCUCGCUGCGUGCCGGUGUGCGCAUUAGCGGCGCGAGUAUCCGUACAUACAAGCACGCAGACCUCUCUGGCCUUGAGGAGCUGCUGCGCGAGAGCAUUAGCCAAGGCCAGCCGCGCUCGCACCGCCCCUGGAAAAAGAUUUUGCUUCUUGUUGAGGGUCUCUACUCGAUGGAAGGCACGAUUGUCAACCUGCCGAAAGUUAUCGAGCUCGCCAAGCGCUACAAAGUGUACCUCUAUGUCGACGAAGCCCACUCGAUCGGGGCGCUCGGUCCCCAAGGCGGCGGUGUGUGUGAUUACUUUGGCAUUAACCGUGACCUGGUCGAUAUUCACAUGGGCACGUUUACCAAGUCGUUUGGCGCUGUGGGUGGCUACAUUGCCGGGCGCAAGGAACUAAUCGACCGCAUUCGCAUGAAAAACCACGCAAACGUAUACGCAGAGACCAUGUCGCCGCCGGUCCUGGUGCAGAUUAUCGCGACGAUUGCCGCCAUCAUGCGCGUAGGCCAAAGUCAGGAGACCAUGGCGCUCAUGCCCCGCUGGAUGAGCUUUAGCGCUGACUUUUUGGCCGGCGUCGAGGGCCAGCACCGGCUUGAGCGGCUCGCAUUCAAUGCGCGGUACCUGAACCACGGCCUCCGAAAGCUUGGCUUCAUCGUCUGGGGCAGCCGCGAUUCGCCUGUCGUCCCGCUCCUCCUCUUCCAGCCCGGCAAGAUGAAUGCAUUCAGUGUCGCGAUGCUCAACCGCCACAUGGCGCUCCCCCCCUCUGUCCGCUGGGAGGCGGAGGACAAAGACUGGAACGGGGCGACGCUUGAGCACUCCAAUGUGCACGUUAGCAACGAACGCGGCGAAAAAGUGCUGCCUCGCCGUCCGCCGAUUGUCGUCGUCGUCGUGGCAUACCCUGCAACACCACUCAUUUCCUCGCGCGUGCGUUUCUGCGUGAGUGCAUCGCAUACCAAGCAAGAUAUUGACGACGUGCUCCUUGCAUGUGACGAGAUUGGCAAUGCGCUUGCGCUCAAGUAUUCCAGUGGCGGCCCUGGCGGCUGCUGGUCGCUCGAAAAAGUCAUUUCGCACCCGCUCGAACUGGUCUCUUGGAACGGGACCGAUUUUUUCCCGGAACCAGCGUGA